AUGAUCUACUCUGUGCUCGAGUUCGGGCAGUUCUUCGUCAUGAAGGAAGACGAGAAAUGUCGGAACUUGCUGAUCGCCUUGACCCCGGCUGUGAGGGUGGUGUUCAUCAUCACCCAGUUGCAGUUCAUCUUCAACACGGACAAGCAACUGACGAUCAAGAAUUUCAAGUCGCUGGCGAGGUUCGGCUUGAUGCACAUGAUGGCGACGAACGUGUGCGUGUGGUUCAACGUUCUGGUGCAGGAGUCCAAGUACGAGAUACUCAAGUACCACGACAUAGGCGAGGCGACGCGCGGCCUGCUGGUGGAGGACCUGUACGAGUGCCGACACGACAACAUCAUGGGCUCGCUGGUGCAGGACGCCAGCCCCUUCCUGUUCCCCUGCACCAUCGAGUACAGCCUCAUCUGCGCCGUCAUCCUCUACACCAUGUGGAAGGACGCGUGCUCGAAGCGCGGCGGCAACGGCGGCGGCGGGGCCUACGGCAACCAGGUGGCGCGCGCCAAGCCGACCAAGGCGAGCGCGGCGCACCACGUGCGGGUGGACUGCGCCAGCGCGCACAAGGGCUUGUUCGCCGGCGUGCUGGUGCUGGUGCUCACCAUCAUCAGCCUCGUCAUGUUCUUCGUGCUGGUGGAGCAGCCCGGCCUGCAGCGCCUCGCCGUGCUGGAGGUGAACCUCGCCACGCUGGCGCUGUACGGCCUCAGCGUGCUCGCCACGGGCCUCUGCGCCUACCGCAUCAAGGAGCUCAGGUACGACAACAACAGGUGCUUCGAGCUGGACAACACCCUGCUGGUGGUGGCGCAGUGGGGGCUGUACGCCUCCAACAUCUCGUCCAUGCUGGCCGUCUCGCUGGGAGACCACGCGCGGCCCGACGUGCUGGUCAAGUCCGUGGCUUCCACGGCGCAGGCCACGCUGCAGACCGUGUUCAUCGUGGACGCCUGGUGGCGGAUCUGCACCACCCCCAGUCAGAUGCGCCGGCGGCCCGGCCGACAGCUCGUCACCUUCCUGCUGGUGACCAACCUGGCGCUGUGGCUGGUGAGCCGCACGCAGACGGCGCGGCCCGAGUUCCAGCCCGUCGAGGUGCGCUUCUACGGCGUGCGCGCCUGGACCAUCAUCUCGCACGUCACCAUGCCGCUGGCCAUCUUCUACCGCUUCCACUCCACCGUGUGCCUCUGCGAGAUAUGGAAGUGCUGCUACAAGAUGAAGCUGGUGUCCGCGCGGUGAAUCCCGGAUCGCCGACGCCCUCUGUCAGGGCCGGAUUCAGAGGUCUGGAAGCCUCGGGGCAACAGAGGAGCGGAGGCCCCCUGGCCCCAAAUUAUUUUACAAACAAAAUGAACAAUUUUUUUUCAGUCGAGUUUUCCAAUAAAUAAUUAAUUGUGAAAUCUAGUAGAUUCUCUUAGUAUUUAAAAAAAAAACAUACAUAAAUAUAAUCGGAGACAAGAAUUAUAUGAAAUUAAAUUUUUGUGUUAAUGAAUAUUUCUGUUAAUAUUUAACAAUAAUAUAAUCAUGUAUGUACAAAGUGGUACUGUGGGUAAAAGUAAAACAGCGAUAAAAAUAAUAUCAAAGGAUUUGUGGGGGCCCUCCGUUUGUGGGGCUUUCGCCCCGGUUGCCCUCCCCUAAAUCCGGCCCUGCUCUCUGUGUUUGGUGACGAAACCAACUUGGAGACAACAUUGCAAAAAAAAAAA